AUGAUGGGCAAAAUUUACGCGCGAGCCUUGAACGUCAAGAUAUGGCUUGGCAAAGAAGACAAGGAACCACCAGACUUUACCGCUUCUCUCGGACUAGGAACAUUGAAUAGUGUUCAUAUCGGCGCGUCUCUCGGACUAGGAACGAUGAAUAGUGUUCAUAUCGGCGCGUAUGGCCGGAUACCUAUCUCCCUGUCUUUUAUCGCGCAAGCACUGCGAAACGCCAGCGGACCGAAGAACAGACUGGCUGCAAUUAGACCGAUGGAGGAUUCAGCUCAUCGUAACGUGGCAUACGGGUUCCCGCCGCCCAACGCCCCCGAAUGGGACGUUGUUCGCGAUUUCUUUACAAAUUCUUGGUUUGAAAGAGUUUGGGUGGUGCAGGAGGCAGUGCUUGCGAGCGAAGCAACGGCGCUGAUCGGUGACUGGGAGAUCGAAUGGGCAGCCAUUGGCCAAGCAGCGGUGUGGUUUCAGGCCAAAGGCUAUGCUAUGCCAGCAGUACUAGCUACUAAUCCCGUAGACAAAGUGUAUGCAACGUUUGGUAUGGCGGAAGAAUUGGCAUACAUGGAGGAGAAUGGAUUUCAUGAACUGGUGGAGCCAAACUACACUUCGAAGUCCGUUCUCGAUGUCUAUCGCGAUAUCGCAAGAUUCCUCGUCAUCGAACAUGGAAAUCUCGCAGUACUUUCUCACGUAGGAAUGUCGGUGCUGUCAGACUGGCCGUCGUGGGCUCCGGACUGGCGCCACGACAAAGCCUCAAAUGCCUUGUCGACAAAGUGGUCUGCCGGCGCAUACAACACAGGUGGAGAUCAGUCGCUCGCUAUCGGCAUCAGCAACGAUGUUAACACACUAUCGCUUCAAGGGAUUGAGACGGAUACUAUCGCGGCUUACGGCGACAGACUUGCAAGCUACGGCUUUGGCUAUGUGACUUACCAGGAAGAAAUCGAUUUCGUGAAAAUGGCGUGGGCAUUGUUCAUGCAGCGACCUUUGGACACAUCGGCCUCGGACACAGACGACGGUGUCGCAAACACAUUCAUCCACACACUGACUGCAGGUCUCAGCAACACAAAUAAACUCGCAUCCGAAGACCCCACCUACCAGGCAGACGCCCUGUAUUGGUUCGCACAGCAUGCUCCUCACAUGCUACCUGGCAUAUCUUUUUCCCAGCGCCUGAAAUGGUCAAUAAAGCAGCGUCCAGAUCCAGGCCGAUUUCAUGAGGCGUUUGUGCGUGCUUGCGUUGAUAGACGGUUCUUUGUGACUAGAGAUGGGUCAAUGGGUAUCGGACCAGACGCGAUGAAGCAGGGUGACGUGAUUGUGGUAUUAUUUGGCGGGAGGGUACCUUAUCUUCUCCGAGCCUUGGAUACUGGAUAUAGGUUUCUAGGGGAGUGCUAUGUACCAGGGCUAAUGGAUGGCGAAGCGGUUCGAACAUGGAAAGACGAAGGGAGCAAGAGAGUUUUCUUCGAGUUAGUUUGAUGUCAGAGCGCGUUGAAAAUGGAUGCAUAGUAACGGCAACAUUUCUGCCCCUUGAUCUCUACCGAUGCUAGCAUAUGGGAAGAAAGCCGCUGGUACGUUGCCCAAACACGGCAAAUCGAGCGGGAAGCCUCACUGUUUUGGACGCUGAUACCAUCACCAUCGAUAAUGUUGCUGUAACCGUGAGCGUUUUUUGCAGAAAGAAAGGUGGCAAGUCAAUUCUUAAAU